AUAAAAUCCACGACGUCCUGUAUACCAGGCGCAGUGCUGCUGUCCAGUAAGCGGGGGUGCUGAUCUGACAACACUGCUGUAUAGACAACAUGUCCACGUAUCAGCUGUGACGAUGCCGCUCGUCUAUGGAGGGUGAUAAGUCAUCGAAUUUGUUUUAAACCUACUCUGAAAUUAUUGCGCAAAAAAAAUAUUAUUUUGCCGGAAGAAUUUUUUGUAAAAAAAAAUAUCAGCAAGCAAAACAACAUCAACAGUUACAAUUUUUAUUUUAGAUACCAAUGUCUGGUAUGUUAAAAGGUUUCCCGUUUAACCAUCGUUCAUGCAAAUUCUCCAUUAUAUUUUUCGCAUUGCAAAAACUUCACAAUUAAAUAUGCUUCUCACUCUGAGCACGCAAAUGUGUUUGCAUUCUGGGCUUCCUUUCCUGUUAACAGUCGCCCUAUGGCACAGCUUUGCAAAAGCUCAAUUUGGGUGCCAAGACAAAGAUGUCAAACAGUGGCACAAAGAGCCCCAAAACAUCACCGUCAUCUGGACAACAUCAGGAAGACUUUGCUCCCAUGUCAUUCCCAAGUGUCAGAAUGCAAACGAGUCAGAUUCGACGGAAAACGCCUCCCUCUUGCUUCCAGUGAUCUCUCAUAGUCCUCAGAUGUGCGCGCUGGACAUGCAGCUUGGAGACAACUUGUACCUGAUCGCACCCAACGGCACGACCAUGAACCCUGCCUACGUGUCCGCGUCCGAAUUCUCCUGCCCCUUCAACGGGAGCUCCGGCGAACCCCUCCGACGCUGGGCACUCUUCGGCGGCCCCGUCUCGGGCGUUCGCCGGCUCGAUCCGAACCUGCUCGCCGAGGGAACGCACCGCUUCGCGCACGCUGGCGAAGGGAGCCUCGAAGCGGGCGCGCGCUUGGCCGUCAGGGUGCGGCGUCACGAGUGCGGACCCCUCGAUGGGAACGCGGCCCUGUGCUCGAGCAGAGGCGCCUGCGAGGCUCCUGCUUCGGCAAACGCAUUCUGGUGCCGUUGCCGCGAGCCGUACGCCGGGGGCCACUGCGAGACGGCGGCGGCGGUGGGAGCCUGCAGCCCAAACCCGUGCGGGAACGGCGCGCUUUGUGUCCCACGGACGGCGGGCGAAGCGGGGUCAGGCUACAGGUGCACGUGUACAGAGGGAUUUGUAGGCUGGAAUUGUUCGGAAGCAGUCGGGGCAUGCAGUGAGCAACGGUGUGAGCACGGGAGCUGUGUGGACGUUACUCCAAGCACGUUUGUAUGCGAAUGCCACGCAGGAUACAUGGGGCCGACUUGUUCUGCUGCGAGAGAUCGGUGUGCGUCUCUGCCGUGCACGAAUGGUGGCACCUGCAUUGAGGUCCCAGGAAGCUUCGUGUGCAUAUGUCCUCAAGGUUUGAUGGGUCGUCGCUGUGAAUUGGACAUCAAUGAGUGCUCCUCUGACCCCUGUGGACCUCUCAGCCUCUGCAUCAAUUCCGUCGGUGGCUACCGCUGCUUUUGUGCUCCUGGCUUCAUUGGUGCUCGCUGUGACAGUGAGGCUGACGAGUGUCUGAGCUCUCCCUGUUGGAAUGGAGCCUCCUGCAACAAUAUGCGUAAUGGCUUCAGCUGUGAGUGUUUGCCCGGGUUUCAGGGUGGCCUGUGUGAGCAAGAGGUGAAUGAGUGUUCGUCAUCCCCGUGCCUCCACGAUGGAAGCUGCAUUGAUCUCGUCGAUGGGUACAUCUGCCUCUGCCCGCCUGGCUUGACUGGCCCUCACUGCGAGAUGGACAUAGAUGAAUGUGGCUCCUCGCCUUGUCUGCAUGGUGCUACCUGUCACGAUUUAAUAGGAGGCUACUACUGCCAGUGCCUCGCCCCUUUUAAAGGACCUGACUGUGAGCUGGUGCCAUGCAAGGGCUUCAGCCCGUGCGAGAACGCGGCGGUGUGUCGGCAAGAAGCUGACCUCGCCGUGCACCCGAUGGGCUCCAGCUGCAGCUGCCCUGCAGGAUUCGCUGGGCCCUACUGCGAGACCAAUAUUGACGACUGUGCCUCCUCGCCAUGCGUCCACGGAUUUUGCUACGACGCGUUGGACAGCUAUUAUUGCCUAUGCAGUCCUGGAUAUGCUGGAGAGCUUUGCGAGUUGAACAUCGAUGACUGUGAAAGCCACUGGUGCCUGAACAAUGCCACCUGCGAAGAUCGACACCUGAGUUACGUUUGUUUGUGCGAGCCUGGCUGGACUGGAGAGUUUUGCGAACGAGACGCAGAUGAUUGCGAAAAUAAUCCCUGCCUCAAUAACGGUGUUUGCCUUGACCUCUUCAAUGACUACCGAUGCGAGUGCGCAGAUGGCUGGGCAGGCCAAGAUUGCACAGAAGACAUCGAUGAAUGCGCGUCACGUCCAUGCCUGAACGGCGGCACGUGCUUCGACUCUGGGGCACCAGGACAGUUCUCAUGCCGGUGUCGCCCCUUCUACACUGGCUCGCAUUGCCAGGAUCCACGCGAUCCCUGUGGCUCCGAUCACAACCCCUGCCACAAGAACGCACGCUGUCUUACCCUCUCCGAUGGCACGGUGCACUGCGAGUGUCCUCCCGGAUUUGAUGGCGACCUCUGCGAGUCGGACAAAAACGAGUGCUUAUCGGAACCGUGCAAGAACAACGGAGUCUGCAAAGACAGAACCAACGGCUUUGAGUGUUUAUGUUUUGAUGGGUUUCUUGGGACCUAUUGUGAAGUUAACAUCAAUGAAUGUGAGUCAUUGCCUUGUCAAAACAACGCAACCUGCAUUGAUCUUGACAACAGAUUUCGUUGCCACUGCCCUGCCGGCUAUUAUGGGCCGCUGUGUGAAUUGGAUGUCAAUGAAUGCGAGUUGAGGCCUUGUGAAAACGGUGGGGCCUGCAUCAAUCUUGAAGGAAGCUACCGCUGCCUCUGCGUACCUGGGUUCACAGGGGCGCUGUGCGACGAGUACGUGGACGAGUGCGCGUCCGCCCCGUGCCUGCACCAAGCGGCGUGCGCCAACCGGCCGAGCGGCGGCUACUCGUGCGAGUGCCUCCCCGGCUACACGGGCGCUCGCUGCGACAUCUACGUGGACAAGUGUGCCUCUGCGCCGUGCCGGAACGGCCGGUGCGUCGAUGCAUUGGGACAUUUCACAUGCGUGUGCGAACCUGGAUGGGCAGGCGUGCAGUGUGACUCUGACAUUAAUGAAUGCGACUUAAAUCCGUGUCAACAUGGAGGCAGCUGCUUGGACUCGAGCACAUCGUUCAGGUGCUCCUGUGCUCCGCCGGGCUACACGGGGACCGCGUGCCAAACGGACGUGGACGUGUGCGCGGAGGGCUCGGAGCUCGACUCUCCAGCACACUGUGAGCUUGGGGACAUUUGCCAAGAGGGCCCAGCGAUGAACUACACCUGCAGAUGUUUGCCUGGAUACGUGGGCACUCAUUGUGAGUUGGAGACCAAUGAGUGUGAGUCCAGCCCUUGUGAAAACGGAGCCACGUGUCGUGACCUAGUGAAUGGAUUUACAUGCGUGUGUGCCAUUGGAUUUUCUGGUGAUCGCUGUGAGGUGGAUGUAGAUGAUUGUCUCACCAAACCCUGUGUUAACGGCGUGUGUCAGGAGGGCAACUCUGAACUGGGAUACCUAUGUUAUUGUCUCCCGGGUUAUCUCCCACAGGGUUUGAACUGUGAAUUCAACUAUGAUGACUGUCUUAUUGAAAGAUGCCCCGAAGGAUACCUUUGUAAAGACGGCCUUAAUAAUAUCACUUGUGUGUCAGAGCCUUCAAGUUUAAUGCCUGACAUAAAACCGCAUUUUGCAUCGCAUAUUGAUCCACAGAGUGUGCUCCCAAUCAUGGAGCAAUCUUCUGGACCAAUUGAGAAAUCUUUUCUCAAUGUAUUAUUUACCCUGCAGCCUUCCAUGUCAAUGGCUAGAGCAUUGAAACAGACAAAUUCGGGAUCAACCGAUAUGUUGAUGACAUCACCAUCGGAGCUGUUCCCCUUUCAAUAUAACGCAUUAGAUUCGACAACGCCGAGUGUAAUAUCUACAGAAGUGGCUUAUGAUCAGACACCCUCCAAGACCACAGAGCACCUUGACAACAUGCGUACAACAACCGCCAUUUUUGAUGAGGAAUUUCCAGGAUCGCAUUCGUGGCCUGGUGUCAAUUCAGGGAUGCACAAAACGCGUCCGCUUUCGUUCACGGAAGAACCAAAGACCUUGCCAGCGGUCGCCAGCUCAGAGAAACCAAUGACCGAUCGGCGAGCGUCGUUACAGUUUCCUUCAACCGGCGCUGUGUCAGGUGCAGCGGACCCGCCAUCGUCACCCGGUUGGGCAGCCACCCGAGCCGUUAAACCUUCAGCUGUGACAUUAAGUUAUCGUCAAAGGGACGGCACAGUGGCCAGCCAAGAGCAGGCCGGUCACUCCUCGUCUCCGACAGAACCCGUCCUCCCAUCCUUCCAGAUCAGCGCUCAGCUGAGGAGCGAUAUUGAGCGAGACCGCUACGUGUGGUUGCGUCCGUCUCUGCAAGCCGCGUCCACGGGAAUGUUUCUCCCAGGGGAUGCUUCCGUGGUGCCGGAGCGAGUCUCCGCGCGUGAUGCCGCAUCUCAGAAUGUGUUUGUUCCAAGCACUUCAAGCACGAUGAUCGCCCAUGACGAUCCCGAUGUCUUCCCACCUUCCACGACGAAAACGCCACCACCACCACCACCUCCACCACCUCCACCACCUCCUCCUCCACACCUGGUCCCAAUGUCCCCUUGCCAGCGGCACGUGUGCCUAAACGGUGGCACAUGCCGGGAUGUGUUGCUUCCUGGGGAGAUGGUGAUGUCCUUCUGCUGUGACUGCCCUCUUCACUUCACAGGACACUUCUGUCAGCUGGAUGACACCAUAUAUUUCCCAUCUUUCGGUGGGAGCUCUUUCCUGAAGCUGCCUGCUCUGUCCGCGCUGCUGGAAAACAGCAACGAAAGGAAUGAUUUUUCUCCGAGGAAAAACUUCUCUUUUGAAAUCGUCAUUACCGUCAAGACUGCAGCUGUGAAUGGAACGAUGCUUUACAGUGGCAGCGAGGGCCUACACGCGUUCUUCAUCCACCUCUUCCUGACUGACGGAAGGCCGACUGCUCGGCUGGGCUGUGGCCGCUUCGACACAAUUGUAACGGUCUCCUCGCCACAGCGGGCAAACCAUGGCCAGCUGUCUGCCAUCACAGUCAGGGUGUCCACCUCAUCAUUGUCAGGGAGCAGCAGUGCCUGUGCAUUGGAGCUGUCCGUCGGUGGCAUUGCGGUGUAUCAGACAAGAGAAGUGAGGUCACUUGUGCAUCCUAAGGACGCCUUUGGGCCCAUACUCAUCGGCGGCUUGGAGGAGCAAGCCACCGGCGGUGCCGCCAGCGGCCUGGUCGGCUGCGUGCGCGAGCUGCAGGUCAACGGGCGUGAGUUAUCCAUCGUCGGGGAAGCGACGAGGGGACGCAACGUGGAGAACUGCAACGUGCCGGUGUGCGAACGCAGGCCCUGCGGACACGGAGGCACCUGCGUUAGUGAUGCAGAGAACUGGUUUUGCGAAUGCACACCCGGGCGACAUGGGAAGCUGUGCCAAUUCGAGGCUUGCGUCGAGGAUCCUUGCGGACACGGAGCCACCUGCGUCCGUCGAGGAAGAGGAGGGGAAGGAGGAGCGGCCGGCCCCGUGUGCCUCUGCCCCUUUGGGCGCACAGGACCGCUGUGCGAUGACCCAAUACACGUGACCGUACCCAGUUUUGAUGGAACCGAUGAGUUUGGCUUCACGUCGUUUUUGGCCUACCCGGCAGUGCCAGGGCUGGACGACGCCUUCGAGUUUCUCGUGAGGCUCACGCUUGCCAACAACUCCUCGGCCCUGCGCGACAACCUCAUUUUCUUCGCUGGGCAAAAGGGCAAAGGCUUGGAUGGCGACGACUUCUUGGCACUGGGGCUUGAAGGCAGCAGGGUGGUUUAUCGCUACAAUCUCGGCUCGGGGACUGCGUCCCUGUUCAGCGAUCCCGUGGACACCCGCCUGCACAUGCACACAGUCCACCUGGGCAGGACACUCACCCGCGGGUGGCUGCAGGUGGACGGGCAGCGGAACGUCUCCGGAGCCUCUCCCGGACAAUUAUCCGGCCUCAACGUCUUCAGCCAACUGUACGUCGGUGGACUGAACGAAUUCACGCCCGCGCUCCUGCCAGAUGGGGCUCGCUUCCUGCACAGUUUUCAGGGUUGUGUGCUGGGCAUCUGGGUGCGCGCGGGCCUGGGGGACGCUCCUAGCGUCCGCCUCUCACGCCCCGUGGCAGGCCGCAGUGUGGGCCAGUGCCUCUCCGACCCCUGCGCGCUCCUCAGCUGCCUCAACGGAGGGACGUGCGUGCCGCUGGGCGCCUCCGUCUACUGUCGCUGCGCGCGUGGCUGGCGAGGCAGCGAAUGUGCGGAGCGCGCGUGCCCGUGUGGGGCCGACCACCGGCCUGCCCACCGCUGCGCUGCCGGGGCCACCUGCGUCCCUCUGCACCCGCACGGCUACACCUGCCGCUGCGCUCUCGGCCAGGCAGGCGCCCACUGCGACCAGGUUCUGCAAAUCAGUGACCCUUCGUUCAGCACAAACCAAUCAUCGUGGAUGGCAUUUGAGCCGUUUAACGUGCGGCAUCACACCCACAUCCGUAUCCAGUUCAUGCCACGUUCCGGAGAAGGGAUCCUGUUUUACACAGCUCAGCACCUUGCCGCACGCUCAGGAGAUUUCCUGAGCAUCUCACUCUCGGGCGGCUUUGUCCAGCUGCGGUUCAACCUGGGCGACAGCACUAUCUGCCUCGCCUCCACGUGCCCAACGGACCCGGGAAUGGACACGUGGUACACGCUGGAGGCCGGGAGAGUUGGUAACUCGGGUUACCUCUCACUCCACGGUAAGAACGUGACAACUCGGGAGCGGCUGGGCAUGAGGGCACUCGAUGCCAAAACCAGUUUCUUCGUAGGUGGCGUUUUCCCCUUAAGCGCCGUCUCAUCCUCUGCCACCGAGGACGGGCCCUCCGCGUUUGACGGCUGCGUGCGGGAGGUGGUCGUGAACGGGCGGCGGCUCACCUUGACUGCAAACGGGGCCAAGGGAGGGGCCAACGUUGCGGACUGCGACGGGACGGCGUGCGGCCAUGAGGUUUGCAAAAACAACGGCCGGUGCCGGCCAAGAAACGGCGACGAAUUUGAGUGUGUGUGCGGCGAACAUUUUACCGGAGCUGCCUGCGAGACUCCAGUUGCGUGUGUGCAUCGACCCUGCAAAAAUGGAGCCGCCUGCAUGCCGGCGAAUACAGAAAAUCUCAAUCUCUUGGGGUAUGUUUGCGCAUGCCGCCUACAAUUCCAGGGACAGCACUGUGAAAAUAAAAUCACGUUUCAGACGGCCGGGUUUUCGGGCGACGGGUACAUCAAGCACACGGACGUGAGAUAUGACCGAAGGAAUCUUCUCAUCAAUGAAAUCUCAUUCAAUUUCACCACAGAGUCCAAAGACGGCCUUCUCCUAUGGCUGGGCUUGGCCAAAGACGGGUAUAAUGACUACCUGGCCGUGGGACUCGAAAGAAGCCACCUCAAAGUAGCCGUCAACCUCGGUGAAGGCACGUCUGCACCGGUAGUCAUAACAGUGACGCAUUUGUGUAAAAACGAGUGGCAUUCUGUUAUUGUGCGAAGGAACCAAACUUUGAUGUGGGUGUAUUUAGAUGGAGAUUUGGUCGUUGCUGAGGAUCUUGACCCCCACAGGCGCUACAAGGCUCUGAACUAUGAUGCCGUUUGCUAUUUAGGGGGAUUUGAGCUGGGCAGAGAUGUCAGCCGAGUGACAUUUGACCUGUAUUCUCAGCGGCUUUAUGGGAAAAUGAGAGACGUCCGUCUACAUCCAAACGAGGAGGCCAUCGACUUCGCCUUAUUUGCUGAAGGAUAUAAUGUCCACGGAGCAGAUGAACUUUAAACUCUUGGUAUAAUAUGCAGCGUUCGUUAUAUGUUUAAAAAAAAUUGCAAGAGGUAGAAGCCUCCGGGCAGGAAAGCUUGGCAUUUUGAGCUGAUGUAAGAAAACAUUGGUGACAGCUGGGGCCGAUUUGCCUAAAUAUCACAAAGGGCAGCCUCCUUUCAUGCGUCUUCAAUUGUCGGUUACAGGAGAAAUGUCAGAAUAACUUUUUUUAUGUCUUCUUGAGUUCAGUGGAAGUAGAGUGAUGAAGCUGACGGCCCCUUCUGCUCACCCCAGCCUCGUUGUGUUGUCACUUAAAGAGUUUGUAAUUCGUAUUUAUUAAUCUAUAUGAUACUCUGUUGUUCCACCUCCGCAGACUAAUUGCGUGCAAUAAACCGUGAAAAAGCAUUCACGUGUAGGACAUCUGAUCAAUGGAACCUUAUACGAAUUCGUACGUGCAGCAUGAAGCAGAAGCUUCGCAUAACGUUCAGAUAAUUCAGUAUUUAUACGAAAAAGAAAAUGCAAGCUUCACAAUUUAAAUGAAUUCAAGAUUCAGAAUGCAAAAAAACAACAAUUCUUCCCGCACAAUGUCAGUCAUAGGGGUGUUUAACCACACUUCACCACGCCGGUCAAUGCAUGUUGGUGAAAGAGGGGGAUUCGGGACUGGUUCGGUUAUCACUCGCCACAGACGUGAACUGUGGCCGGGAAUUCAAACUCGGACGUGCAGGAUUCAUAGCAGAGAGUGGUUGCCACUGCUCCACAGCUGCACUCCGAUUCAGUAUUAUCAAACAUAGAAAAUGCUAAUUACAUAGUGUCCAUUGCACGCUUGAUAAGCAUGACAUAGUAACGAUCCAUUGCUUAAUUAGCAUCGAUUAUCGUGCUCAAGAUUCAUGCGUCAAAAUGGUAUGUAAGAAACAAUUAUUUUUGUACGUAUGCAUAUCUAAGUAACACGUGACAUGCCAUUCUGUUUUAGCCUCAUGGUGUAAAAAAAUUACCCAAUACAAAUGAGACAGAAUGAACGAGAGAGCAAAAUGAGAUGGAAAAAUAAUCGACUGUUUAAUGCAAUCGUGGAAAUGCACGAAGUUGCCCACUUACUAAAGUCUGGGUAUUUAUUGUACUGUACUUUCGACGGUGAAAAUGUUGGGCACUGACCAGAAAUUCUAAUGGGAUUUGUUAGUAUGCAGACAAUGAAUGCGUUCAUUCUUUUUAGCUUGCCCAAUGCAAUAUUGCACUUCAAUAUAAUUAGUUAUUGUUGACGAAACCAAAAAGAGGUACAUUAAUUGGUUAUUGCUUGAAUCAUCUUCCCCGAAAUUCCUUUUUUUUUUAAACACACAAAAUUGUCUUGUGGGUGUGCCUCUAAUUAUUUUGUGUUGUUUUACUGCUGUAAUUGGAAUGAAAUGUUCGUUAGAAAAUGAUCUCUGCCCGAAGUAAUGAUAUCUGAAGUUUAUUAAGUUAAAUCGAAUUAUGUUUGUGCUUUUCUGGAACAUCUAGUCUCCGAUGUGUUUUGAUGAUGUGUGAAUAUGACACGAUAUUUCAGUGAUAUGCAUUACAAAAAAAUAUACAUAUGUGAUACAACUAUAAUGAUAUUGUGCUAAUGUUUAUUGUAUUUUGUUGUGUUAAGAAGUACAUUCAUGAAUGUUCUAGUCUUCUCUUCCUUUGUUGCCUCCUAUAAAACAAGGUGCAAUUUUGAGAUAGCCACGUGGGUCAGAGGUCAGAGCACUGAGCUGGCCCCUCAGAUAUCCUGGGUUCAAAUCCAAGCUCCUGCCUUUGAUCGAAACGGAUCCUGAGGUGUAUUAUUCCCUCGUUAUUUGCGAACUUGCUAUCUGCAGUUUUGGCUAUCCAUGAAUCGCAUCUGGAACUCUACACGACGGCAGAAAGUGAAGGUGACGAGAGGGAAUGCGAUGUGAUAAAGUGAUGAGAGAGAACGUGAUGAAAUAUAGAGAUGAGAGAGAGAUAACUUCUCGAAGCUUUAUAAUCAUCUACAGACGUUGCACGUACGUUAUUCGUGAGCCGAUAUGAUAUUUGGCAUUCACAAACAUCUGCGGAAAGUAUCCCUCGCGAUUAAUGAGGGAAUGUUGUACAGCGAGCUGAUGGUUUCAGCCCAGUUUGUAACCGCUGAAGAAUAAAAACAUGACAUCAAGUUUGCUUUUGCACUUAAUUUGGCAACAUUUGAUCUCCAAUAAUGAGAGCAGCCAGGAGGAAGAGGCUAUGAUAGGUGAGACACGUGUACAAGAUAGAGGAGGGGUCAUUGUACUGAGACAGACAUUGGAGUGGCACUCAAGAGACUGAUGACCAAGAUGAUGGCUUAAGCCAGUCUGUGCAAUUUCAUUGUAACGUUAGUCAGAGUAACAUACUAUCUACAUCAACUUAUUUUGUAAAAAAAAGAAUCACGGAAGAUUUACGAGAUAAAUAACAUGUUCUUGGUGCUUUCGGUAAAGUCACGUAGAAGGGAAAUAAUAAAAUAAUAAAAAGAAAACAA